AUGAAUCAACCUAAGGGUGCUGGCCGCGCAGGCGGCACCAUUCUUCAGGCUUUCCUAUUCCUCUUCACCAUUACCAAUUUCUUUACACUUAUCCUCAACGCGGCUACUGCUGGCCUGUACUGGGACAAACAAUGGGGAUAUAUCAAAGCGCUGCUCGUACAGGGAGUCUAUGACGAAGAUUACCUUUCCACAGCUGGCUCCCCCGAUGUUUUUUAUACCGAUGUCACCAGCCUCGAGCCAGGCAAAUUCAUGAAGGACUCAGUACGACCAUACCUGCUCCUCGCUGUUGUCGCUGGUAUCACAUGGGUCAUUGCCUCCAUCGCCCUUCUUUUCCUCUUUACCAAAAUUCGACACUUCAAUCACCGCGUUGCUCGCUACGUUUUCCGGGUUAUAGGCGUGGCGACCUUCGUAUUCUUGGUCAUCUUCUACCUCACCUGGGCCCAUACUUACAACUUUGACUUCCCCUUCACGCUUGACUGGCCCCUAGGCAAGGCAGCAGUGAUUAUGGCACACAUCAACCUGCUGCUCGGCAUCUUCGUCACUUUGCUGGCUGCGGUCCUGGACACGCCAAAGGACUGGGCGGAUCAUGCACCUACUGGCCCCAAUAGUCGCCGAACUAGCCAGGUAUAA